AUGUCCUCCCUAACGCACUUCGACCUCCUCCCCCUCCAAAUCGACCCCCAGUCGAAAGCCAUCUCGGCAACCACACCCUCGCGUGCCCUGGAAGCCGAGCUCGCCAACCUCAACAGCCUCCACCGCGCCCUCCUCUCCUUGGAAACCCCGCACGGCAUCCCCCCUCCCCCGGUGCCGGUGAACCCGAAACGCAGCGCCAACGUGGCCAAGCUGCGCGACAGCGGCAACGGCGAGUUCCGCAAGAGCCGCUUCCCGGAGGCCAUCAAUUUCUACACCCUCGGCCUCAAGAUGGCUCUGCAGCGGCCGCAGUGGGAGCCCAACCAGCUCAUCCGCGAGGAGGUUGCCAGCCUGUACGCCAACCGCGCCCAGGCGCACAUGGCCCUCACACAGUGGGCCGAGGGCGCCGUGGACGCCGAGGCCAGCGUCGAGGCCCGCCGUGUCGGCAACGCCAAGGCCUGGUGGCGCCGCGGCCGCUGCCUUGUCGAGAUGGGCCGUCUCGAGGAGGCCCGCGACUGGGUCCGCCGCGCGCUCGGCAUGGAGGGCGAGGAGGGCGAGCUCGUCGCCCUGCUGCGCGACAUUGAGGCCCGCAUCGCCAAGAAGGAGGAGAAGGCUUAG